UUGAUGAGAGAAUAUAUUUGUCCUCUGUCUAAGGAGAAAUUUUAAUAUUUGCAUUUUUAUUAUACAAAAAAGAAAAAUACAAAGAAAGAACUAAUAAAUAUCCGGAUACUUUUAGAGCUAAUUGUUCAUUGUGAAAAAUAGAAGUUUAGAUGAAAGAAUUUAAAUAGUAAUUAAACAAGACUAUUGACAGGUAUACUACGAGAACAGCAUAUCUCAAUUUCCUUCCAUUUCAUGUACUUGUAAAAAGAUUACUUUUUUUUUUAUUAUUCUCGUUCACAUAAAACAUUUAGAAUUACGAUUACGGUUUCUUUUGUUCUUUCACAUUUAUGGAAACUUAUAACUGUCAUACAUUAGCUUGUCAUAAUAUUAUAUUUUGUAUUAUAUGAUUCGAGGUAUAGUUAAUGAAAUGCAUAGAAAUUCUAAUGUUAUUGCUAAAAAAUAUAUCUUCAUAUAUAUGAAAAUAAAACAAAAGUGCCAACAUUUAAUAUUGUUCUCUUUUCCUAUUCUCAAUGAUAACGGGAAGAAAAAAAAAACAUUUCCGCAGUCUACUAAGGUUUUACUCAUAGAAAAGAAAAGUUUGUUGUGUCCCAGUUCAAAGGUAUCCAAUAUAAAAGAUGUGUUCUACAUAAUAUACUACUCAUUCAACUAACUCUAUUUUUCCCAUCUGUUACAUUAUAUAAUUGGUUGAUAGAAACUUAGUAUUUUUAUGCUAGUAGAAAUCACUAAAAAACUUCCUAGUUUAGCAAUAGAAGUUUUUAUAUAAGUACCAUGAGUUUUAUAUAGUUUAUAAAUUUAUGAUACGAACUAAUCGAAAGCUGACAAAAAAAUACAGACACAUUUCUUAUUAGACUUAGUCGAAUAAUCUGAAUGUAUAAUAUUUAUUUUUCUGGAUUAUAUCCAUUUUAAUGAAAUCCUUUCCUGAAUGAAAAAAAAAUCUAGCAGCAAACACUACUUAGUCUCUUAGAAAGAAAUGCUCUUAUCCAAUUAAUUUUUUUUUUAAAGAUCUCUUGUAUUAUUUAAAAUUUAUCUAUUUCAUCAUUAUACUACAUUUAAAAUCAGGGAUAUUACAAUUCUAUUAUUUCUUGAAAAAAAUAAACAUUCAUUAAAACUGAAAUAUAUAAGAUAUUUUUGGUAAUAUGAAACUUAUUUUUAAUUGGAAAUCAAUAUUUACUGUUUAAAUACCAAAACUAAAACUAAUGACUAUCAGAUAGAAUUUUUUUGUUUUUUGUUACUCUUCAGAACAUCUGUAAUAUAUAUAUAAUUUCUUUAGAUAAUACAUUACGUCCAGUAUCAACAAUAAAUGUUGAAAUGCCAAUUCGUAAAAUGGAAAAAGCUUCAUCAAAAAAAAGUCUUGCUAAUAAAUUUGGUAAAUCAAUAUCAAAUUUAAAAUCAACUAUGUCAAAAGCAUUACAACCUCAUAUAUCAUCAAAUGAAAAUGAAUCUCAAAUAAUUGAUUCAUCAUCAUAUCAAUUGAAUCAACAAAUUCAAAAUAAAUCUUUAGAUAAUCAAUUAUCAAAUAAUUUAUUAAAAAAAUUACAAAAUGAUAUUGAUAUAUUAAAAGAAUUAUUAGAUAAAAAAGAAUUAUUAAUUAUUGAUUUGACAAAAAAAUCUCGUGAUGAAUAUUUAAAAUUUGAUGAAGAAAAAAUUCAAUUAAAUCAAAAAAUUGAACAAUUACAAAAUGAAAAUAUUAAAUUAAAAAAGCAAUUAUUAAAUAUUCAAUAA